AUCGUUUCCUACAUUCUUAGCUUUGCACAGCUGGGAAAUGCAUGUGGUGAUUCCAGCAGUUUAAUAAACAUGGAGCUGACAGCCGAUUGGGGAGGCAUAGAAGGAAUAGGAGCUGAGCUGAGAGACCUACAGAAGCUUAUAGAUGGCCUCCAGCGUCCUCAUGAUCCAAAAGAAGUAGCCUCAGUACUACUUUUACGACGUGAGGUUAUGAUCCUGCAGUUUGAUGCAGCUGUCCACUAUUUAAUUCGGGAUGCAUUGCUCUCUACUGGGAAUAUAUCUGCAUUCAGAGCAACAACUGACAACAUGUAUCAUGGACUUACAGCACUGAGUGACUCUGUAGUCAGGAGUGCUUUCUCAUCAAUGCUGCCUGUGCCACAGCCUCAUGAUCCACGUAGUCACAGAACAUUCAUGCUUUAUCCCUGGAGAACAUUCUUAGCUAACGGUGGACUCUUCCCACUGACAAUCCAUGGCAUCCAUACCAUUGGGCACAAAAUGCAGCUUUGCCUGUGUGACAUGACGGAUCAUGAACGUAGUGAGGCUCAUGGAGAGCUUGUGGGGGUUCAUCUCUUAAUGGAGGACAUACUUCAAAACAAAUACAACUUUAUUUCCUUCACUAUUGAAGGAACCCUGGAUGACAGAAAGAUGUUGACUGACAGACCACCUGCAGGGGAAGAACAGCCAGUGUCCAGAAGCUCCCAAAUGGAUCAAUCACACCAAGAUCCAAUUUCAGAAUACAGACAGCUGAGAUCCUUUCUAACAUUGUGGAAACAGUUGGAAGUGUUUAAAGAAAGUUGGGCAAAAAGGAAACUCAGAGUAGCGGAAAUAAACACUGUUCGUCUCUAUAGACAGUUUUGUGAAAUGUACAGAGAUGAAAUCUUUUAUCCUACCAUGAAAGCGAUUGCUCAACAAAUGGGAAUGGAGGAGGAGUUCGAAGGACUGACACUGAGAUCUCAGGUGGUGCUUCCUCCAAAAGGGGCAUCUGAGAUUGACAUUCGAGUUCGACAGCUUCAGAAAAUAAUUGAAAGCUUUGAAAGUGAUAUGAUCCUUGAUGUACAGAAAAAGAUUGCAAAAGAGAUGACAUUAGUGAUAUCUGAAAGAACAAGAGAAGGAAGAGGGCUUCCGACAGAUUUGUGGAAGAAACCAGCUAUAAAAGAGAACUUCUUUCCUGAUAGGCCUCAAAUUGUGGAAGAAUUUGUACAGCAGCUAAAGAGUGAACAUCAUGAUAACUCGACAGAGGUGAGCUUUAGAAAGGAACAUGUAGAACAUUGUCUUACAUCACUGGCUUCUAAUAUAAUGGCGAGAGAGCGGAGCAACUUUGAGGCCUACUCCAUGUUUUAUGAAAACCUUCUUCAACAAGAACAUCAACUGUUGUACCAGAAAGAGCAGGAGAUGCUUGCAGUAACAGGAGAGCAGAAGAGAAAUGAAAAUGAACUCUAUGAGACCGCUGACAUAAGCCAUGAUCUCUUAGUUGAAAUAACAGCUCUCCGAGCUAAGCUUCAAGAUAUGGAAGAAGAAGCUAUUGCUGCUACCCAAGUGGUGAGGAGACAGGUGCAGGAUGAAUAUGAAGCCUUAGUAAGGACUCUUUUUGCUGCUUGUGUAUCUUUAAAGUCUAAAAUAGAAGGCUAUCAUAUUAACAUGCACAAACAAGUGACUGAACUCAUCAGUGACGUUCGAAAAGAAGGUGUGGACAACAUGAUUCUUUUGAGAAAAAAACACAGCUCACUUAAAAAUGAGAGCGCUUUAAAAAACACAUUAUCAAUGCAUGACAGGCUACAGUCUCUAUGGGAGGAGAACAGCCAGCUACAAGCUUUAAUAUGCAAACUCAAAGCUUUGAAUAAAUGGAAGAUCACAGCCAAAGAAGGACGAUUGCGGCAGAAGCUGAGAAAUGCCGAAAAGGAAGCUGUUCAGGACAAGAAAGAAGGCUUGAAGUUAAAGCUGAGAAUGGAGCAAGAGGUGACCUUGCUACGUCAGGAGCUCUUGGUAGCAAGGACAGCCUUGUCAAGGACACAAGCUGAUGUCAGCAAAGUAAAACAACAGCUGAUCAGACAGAAACAUCUACUGGAGGAAUCUGAGCACAGACACUCUCAAGAGACAAAAAGCAGACAGCAGCUUGAUAGUAUUAUGUCUGCCAGUAUGGACAAACUAGUAAUGAAUAUUGAGGAAAAGGAGCAGAGGCUGCGAUCACUCACCGAAGAAGCGGACAGAUCAUCUAAAAUGAGUCAGAUGCAGAAAAGUAAAGUUAAAAAAGAAGUAAAGCAGAUAAAAUCACAGCUCAUACAGGAAAGAACCCUAAAACUAGAAGCUUUCCAGCGUGUGGACGAGUUGCAGACUCAAGUGUGUGACAUGGAAAUGACCAGUUCUUUGAGAAACACACCUAUAGGAAUGAGGAAGACAUCAGCUUGUAUCCAGGCCCACAAAAUGAGAAGUCAUUCAGCAGUUACUUUUGCUGCUCCGCUGAUGUUUAACCAAGAAGCGUGGGAUAUUCUCCAGUAUGGUCCAAGAGGUGAACCUAGAACAAGCACCCACAGAGAGAUGAGACUCCAGAGGCCAAAAACUGUACCGAGCAGAUGCAGAGUAUCAGAUCUAGAGGAGGGCACAUCCCACGCCAUCCUCACACAACUGCAUGAAUUAAGACUGAAUACUAAAUAA